AUGACACCCGCCCUCCGUGACAGUCUUUCCAGCCCCCUAACCAUAUCCACAACCCACACCGCCGCCACAUUUCCCGUCACACCCCCCGUCCACCCUGACCUGUCCCGCCCUCGCCUCAAACAAAUAGCCCGCUGGAUCCGCGACGAACUCGACCUCCGCGUCGCCCGCGACGGCCCCGACGUCCUCCGCCCAGACGACGUGCUAACGCUCCACGAAACCCUGGUCGCCCUCCGCCAAGCCCAAAACAUCACCAUCUCCGUCCUGCGCGCAACCGGUAUCCACAAAGCUGUGCAAGACGUUGCGGGCGUGGCGACGCGGUGGCCGAGCAGGUUGUGCGACGACUGCGACAAGAUUGUAGACAGUUGGACGGCGAAGUGGUGGAUCAAUCCUCUGUUCGCACACCAUGCUGGCAUCAUCGGUCUUGAAGCUUGCGAUGGCGGUACGACAUACGACAAGCAUGGUGCAUAUGCUCUUCUACUCAAAGAUACGGGCGAGAUUGAAGCCUCGUCUGAAGAACGCUUUACCUAUCGUGUUCCGCAGAACGACAAGGGUAAGUUCCGUCUUACCUCUGCUACACCCAAGAGCCGAGAUCCUGUGAGGGUACUUCGCAGCCACAGCAUCAACAGCGUCUGGGGACCAAAAGCAGGUGUGAGAUACGAAGGCCUGUACAGCGUCCGAGGCUGGUCCAUCAAGCAAGCCAAAAGCAGUAACCUUGCUGGUGGGCAAUGGAAAGAAGGCGAUAUCCUGUUCGACGUCCUGUUUGAGAGGACCGACUCAGUGCCCAUGGCGGUAGUCACCAAACGACCCACCGCAACCGAAGUCGACGACUACGCCGAAUACAAGCGUCUCCGCAAAGUCAACCGAGACGGUAAACGCAAGUCACACAGCACACUUCCCGUAGGCGGCGCCAAAAGCGAUUUCUCAACCCCACUCAAGACAGCACCACCAGUCACACCGCACGUAGUCCCCAAACCCCUCCCCACAGAACUCCCAUCGAUCGAAUCCCGCAAAGGCAUAUUCAAACACCUCCACUUCGACGAGGAAGCCCACGUCCACGUCCUCGACAAAGAAGACGUCAUAUCCCCCAAAUCCGUCCCCGAAGCCGACCCCCUCACCACCACCGCUACAAUGAGCAAAAGCAACACGCUUCUCGUCCCCGCAAAACCCAGCCGCACAAACACACACAGCAAAGCCGAUGUAUCCACAACAGGCGGCGAACCGCGCAGACACGCCAGUCCCGCGGGUUCAAACGCCAGCAGCGCCCAUACCCAUGCCUCAGCUACCACUUUCCCCGGCAUCAACAUCCGCGAAGUCGCACCGUGGAUCGACUACGACGCUGACUUGUCCUUGCCCUCGCCCCCGGAAGACUCGACGAUUGUGCACCAACGACCUAUUAUUACUCAGUCUAUCGCUACGGACUCUAUCAAAACGAAUAUUUCAAGGGAUACGUUUGGUACGCCCGUGGAAGGGGAUACUUCGAGUCCGGUUGGUGGUGGUGGUAAUGGGAAUGGGAAUGGGAAUGGGAAUGGGAAUGGGAAUGGGAGUAUUGAUGGGGGCAGGCAUGGGAGGCGGGGAGAUGCCGAAUUUGGGGAUAGUCUUAGUCCGCAGGGACACGGACAUGGACAUGGACUUGGACUUGGACUUGGGGUGGGGAAGAAGGACGGAGGCAAGAGGAAGAGCAUUCUUGUGCGGAAUCGGAAUCCGGUGGGGAGGUUGUUUGAUGGGGUGGUUGAGGAUGAUGACGGGGAAGAAGAAGUAGUGGACGAGAAGGCAGGGAAGUGGAAUUUCCCAACGACAUCUCCUGUGUUCCAUUCCUUCGCCGACAUUACCUCCCUAGACGAUCCUUUCAUCGCGAAUCCUCCUCCACGCAUACCACGACGACCUAGACGCCCCUACUUGAUGCGUAGGGAUCUCAUCGCGCGAUCUAGGAUCCUAACGCCUAUUGGCAGUCCUGUCUGCAUCCUUCAUCCUGAGCGCCUAGGAGGAGUACAAAAGGAACUCGCUGAGUCAAGCGCAGAAACCAAGUUGAGAGAUAUCAUGGAGAGGGUGGAUGGUGUUGAGAUGAUGGGUCGUUGGCGGCAUAUCUAG